CUCCACCCCUGAUGUUAGUCUGAAGCCCCGUGUGUCAGAGGCCCCCGACCUGCAGGCCCAGCAGCACAACGGGGCCCCCUACCUGCCGCUGUCCCGGACCCCCUUCCCCGCUGUCACCGUGGACCAGUCCAUCUCCAACUACUCAGGAAACUCAAUAACAGCCGUCUACGCUAUAUCUGCCAACCGCCCCGGGUACUCGGAUUACUUUGUCAUGUCGCCGCCGUCCUCAUACCGGAGCCCGUCCUGGAUGUCCUACCCCCCCGAGCCAGAGGACCUGCCGCGGCAGUGGAACGACACACCAAACUCCCGCCAUCUUGAAACCAUCUGUUGAAGCUCUGCGGCGACACUGAGGGGGAGCAGCGCACACAUCGGUGUCUCUUUGGACUUCCCUCUCACUGAAAACUCUAUGGAGCUUUACCCCCCCACCCCCCUCCUUCAGUUCGGCCAGGCUGUCCUCCUGUCGGAUUUAUUAAUCACCCCUCCCCAACCCUCUCUCUUCUCAGCCUCUUUACCUGCAGCUCGCAGUGUUUCUCAUCCUCCAGAAAGCCCCUUCAUCCUGACAAUCUCUGCUUCAGACUCCUGCUCCCUGAGCCCCCCAGCCUCACUGGCCCCUCUUUAUAGACCGCCUCUUUCGUGGGGACCACCAUCAUACGCCCCCUCACACUGCUGAACUGAGCUGCGUGAAGCUGCACAGGGCGAAGUUUCAACUCGCUUUUUCUGCCCGAGCAAUCAUCGUACAGUACCUGCCAUCGGCCCUAGUCUGCUCCUCCUGAACCGGACUGGACCAUCCUGGACUUGACUCCAAUUUCCACCAGAAAGCCAGAAAAAGCUGGACUGACUUAAAACUGUGCUUUUUUGAUGAAUCCACAAUUCCUACUAACAUUCUACAGCUGGUUAAUAUGUGUAGUUUAGGUGAGAAAAAAAAAAUAUUUAUGGGAAAAAGGAAAAAAAAAAUCUCUCGUCUAAAUGUCUGUUUUUGGAUAUUUGUGUGCUUUUGUCUUUUACUUUUGUGCAUUGAUUAUUAUCAAUGGAUUACUUUACAAAAAAAACAUAGCGAGUGCUUCUCUUUCACUUACCUUAUUUCAAGGCAAAAAAUAUAUUACAUUCUUCAAAAUAGAGAAAUCGGCGGCUUAGUUUUCUGUGGUUAUGAUGUCAUUUCUGUACUUUUGAAAAAUAAUUAAUUUGUUUUCUCUUCAUCAGAAUCAGUGUUGAAAACAGGAAUUAGUCACAAAGUUCUGUCCAUCAUCUGAUGAAGUUAUGAAGUUUUUGUCUGCUCAUCAUUAGGCAGACCUGUGUCAAAUGUUCUGAUCGAAAUCGUCACAAGCAGCUCUGUUGUAGCUUUGGGUUUGUUUUAAUACGGCGGCCGACAGGUGCAAACGUGCUACAUCGGCCCAAAAUAUUUCCAUUAGGAGA